GGACAAACCCUAAAUUCUAGGCUGUUUGUCCCCCGCGCCGCUACCAGCACCAUCGCCCUCGGGAUCCCACCCGAACCAACCCACGCGCAGCCAGCCAUCUUCCCAGAUCCUCAUCAUUUUCCCCGUCCACCCAAUCCACCCAGCCUCUGAUCCAUCCAUUUGUGACCGCCGGAUGGAGAUCCAAUGGCCACCAAAGCGCCCGAGCCUCCCACAGUGCUCGAUUCAGAUUGGAUCGAGGCCUCCAUGAGUGCAGCCCCGAGCUUCCGAUCGAGUCCCCUCCGCCGCCUCGUCCACGUCAAAGCCUGCCAGAUCGCCAAACCACCGCCUCUGCUGCGUCCCUGCAACAGGAGACGACCACCAUGGCAGCCCGAGGCACGGAGCUUCGCCGCGACAGCGACCUCCAUGGACCCCGACCGCCGACUCGGAGUUCCUCGCCGCCAAGCUUUGACCUACUCGGAGCCGUUCCCCAGGUCGUCGGACCUCCCUGCAAGUUCCGUCGCCGCCAUCAGACCUGCUACCCCUGCACGCGCGGUCCCUAUUUGUCGCCAGCUUCACCCUGCCUCUGCUUCGAGUGCGCGGUCGCCGCCUUGGAGAACCGAGCCCCUGCGUCGAUCUGGCGCUCGCCAUCAAGCCUGCCGUCGCCAAGUCCCACGUCGCCGGCAGCCAUUUCCGCCGUCCGCCGCUCUGUACCUCACGCCCCCGCUGCUGUUUCUGCUUUUCAGAGACGAGGACAGCAGCGCUCGCCUGCUCGUACGUGUUGACCGCCACACCGCGCCUGGGCUGCUUUCCCUCGAGCGCCAGCAGACCCAAUCCCCUCCACCGAGCCGGGCCACGGCCCAUGGGUGAGCCGCCCCCUCUCCUGUGCACCUUGGGCCCAGCAAUUUUGGCCUGCUUCUGUUUUUUUCCUUUCAGCGUUUUUCUUUUUUUCAGAGGAGAGCAGUUUUGCAGAAAACCCCCUGCUGUUCAUGCAUUUAAUAACUCUCAAACCUUGCAUCCAAAUUAAACAAACUUAAUAUGAAACUUGCUUAGAAUUUCAUCUAGUUUAAUAAUAUGCAACUUUCAUCCAUGUUAAAAAUGUUUAAACUCCUGUUUGUGGAAUUUUGCUCCUAUGUCAUGCUAAAAUGCUUUAUUUCAUAACUAAAUAACCGUAACUCCGAAUUUAAUAAACUUUAUAUGUAAAUGGGGUAGAAAAAUGCCUAUAUUUACUUGGUGCACUCAUCCUGCAUGUUUAGCAACUCUAAAAUUGUGUUUAGGGCAGAACAGUACCAAACCUAAUAUGAGUUUCCGGACUUGUUGUCUUCUUGUUCCGGCCUCAUUUAAACUUGCCUAGAUAGAUAGUUUCAUUAUGCUUCAUCUCU